GGUGGCACUGGAUGAUAAUUUGUGUCUUGCCCCUGUAUUAAACACUGUCUUUUUAGAAUCUUUUGUCUUGUACUUAGAUGAGAUUCAGCUUCUGCUGAAUUGGGCUUUUUUUAUCUUCUGAGAAAAAGGAAAUUCAGAAAAGGCGUCAACAGAAAACUCUUCAGACUGUCUGUGGGCUGGAUUCUGUGCUGAGGGGGGGGGUGGCUCUGUGCAUGAGCUUGGCUUCAGCUUGAAGAGGACACCUAAAACCACCAUGGGGGCACCUGGGGUGUGCCAGAGGUAAUUUUUGAACCCUUAAAGACAAGUUUGAUCAAUGAGCAACACGAGCUGUCCACUGGCUGCUGCUUUCAAAUUUGCACAUUGUCCUGUUCGUGUGUCAUAGACACAGGGUAUUUCAUCGAAAUCCGGGUGGAAGGAAGUUGCCAACUUCUUUCCCAUCAGUGGCCCAUCACAAGACUCUAAAUUUAGCUGCCUGUUUCCAAAGGGGAAGUGGUGUAAGUCCACAAGUCAGCUGAACAGCACCAAGCUCCUGCCAGUGGAAGUGUUGGUGGAAUUCGGUUCCGAUUUCACUCUGCCCAGCGCAGCCUGACCCUGUGCUCCUUCCCCGUGCCCUGUUCUGGCUGUCAGCAUCUCCUCAGGAUCACACUGUGGUCAGAAACAUCUCAAUUCAUUUUCAAACAUCCUCUUUUAGACUUAGCCCUCUCUUUGUGUUCAAAACCCGCGCCCUCUCUCAGCAGGAUCACUUCUGUUUUAUGAGUUAAAAACCCUGGGGAACUGCAUCAUGAGUGCGUCAGGCUUUUUCUGCACAGACAGCAGUGAGGAAAGGGUGUGUAACCAUCUGCCCCCUCCCAGCUGCUAUAGCAGGAGAGCUCUGGGCUUGGGCAAAUCUGCCUUGGACCUGACUGGGUUUGGUAAGUUGGGCUUUUUGUGCCUUUUUGUUUUCCUUAUGCUUUGUUCCAGAACACAAGAACCACUUAUUUUGUUUGGAGGAGACCACUUUUUCCAAGAUUACCAUAUUUUAGCUCUUCAUGAGCACUUCCAAAGCAAUAAACCAUAAUUUUUCAGCAGGUAAGGAGCUGGGUACACUGAGGUCCUACAGAGCAGAGUAAGGACCUGGUUAUCCAUGUCCUACCAGGCACAGAGCAUUCUAAAUUCCACGGAUCUUUAGCAAGAUUUAGACUCCCAAUUCUUCUUUCUUUGGAAAUUGAUUUAUCAAGUCCUUGAGUGCUUAAGAAAGUGUUUCCCUGCUUUUUUGCAUAUGUAAAUGACUCUGUGGAUAACCAGGUUUGCUGCCUUUCCUACCUGCUCUGGCCUCGAAAUUCCAGUGUUCCUUUCAGCUUCGGGGAGGGAACUGAGUCACAAACAUAAAGAACCCCACAAAAAUAAAAAACCAAACAGCUGUGCUGUGCCAGUGUGUAAAUUUUGGGGGAAAGGUCAAAACUUCCAUCUCUCAAAUAACUGAAGAUUUGGAAUAUAUCCUGGAAGGAGCACUGGGAUUGCAAAGUGACCCAGUGUAGCAAGUUUCAAAUAUACCAGGGUGUAGGGGCAUGGUGAAAAGUGUUGAGCCACAAGCACACUUUGGUUGUGUGCAUACUUCAUUUAUGGAGAGAUUUAAAGGAUAUUUGAAGAAUUGAAUGAUUUUCUUCAUGUUUCCCAUUCCUCCAUAAGAGCAAUGGUUCAGGUCAGACUCCUAAUGUGAAGAUUCCCAUUGAUUUUAACAGUAGGUAAAUUGGAAAGGGAUGAUAAGGAAUUCUUAAAUGUAUAAACUUACUUUGAGACACUUAUCUCUUCACUGUUAUCACUAUUGGGGAAGGCAAAUUAAGUAUUUAUAUCUUUUAAGUUCAUCUUUAAGAGGGACUGUAAACACAUUUGAUCUGCAUUUUGAAUACAGUUUCAUUGUAUUUGCAGAACUCUCAGUUUCUUUUGAAGCUUCUUGGCACCUCACAGGAGUGCUCAAGUCAGAAAUACCUCUAAAUAUGAAUAUAGUCUUUUAUUUCCUUUCUAUGUCACCUCUUUAGUUCUUGGAAAUGGUCGUCUUGUAAUGGAAAACAUUGAUUAAUUACUGAUGUUACUGAUGUUAUUGAUACAGACAAGUAAAAUGAUUUUUCUGAUUUUUGCAGCUUAUGAAGUACAAUCUGUCUCAAGUAGCCACAAUACAGAAGAGACCUGGGAGCAGAAGGGACGGUACAGAUGAAGCAGCUGAUUAAAACUAUUCCUGUGUCUUCAGACUGAUUUUUGUGGACAUGGGCUCCACGGAACUCUGGUGAUCCCUGUUGCUCACACUUGUCACCAUGCUGGCAGAAGGCAUCCUAAUGAGGCUCAUCUAUAAAGAAAGCUGUCAUCAAGAUAAGCCUUGUAAAUCUCCUGCAUCCCAAAAGGCUAAAGAGGGAAUCUGGAGACAGAAACUUGUAGACAUCCCAAAAAUUAAAGGCUUUGCUGAUGGAUGUGAGAAGCAGGAGGAGCUCUCUGCCAGAAGCAGCCAAGUGGAAGCCGGGAGCAGCCCCCGAUGGAGAUCCAUGGAAAAGGAGCCUGCAAAAGAUCAGGAAAUGCUGGUUAAAGGAACUGCAUCCCCAGCUUUACAUAUCCCCAAGAGAGGAGGAAGCCUAGACCAGGUGGAUUUGUACAGAUCCUGGCCUUGCAACAGCAUUUACCAGAACUAUCCUGACCUGCAGAUCGGGGGGGACCACGUGGGGGGCCACACGUGUGACUCGGGCUGUGUCCUGGACCAUGUGUGUGAUGAACUCCCCGACGGCCCCGUCCUGCUCUCCAUAGAUAUUCCCCAGGGUCAGUCCCCUCUGUGUGAGCAUCCUGAAAAUCCCAGUGGGAUGUCCCUGCCUGGAGAGGAAGCUGGAGAAAGGAGCCUCAUGCUCAGUGAGGAGCCCCUUUCCAACUCCACGCUCAACAAGUACAUGGAAGCCAAAGUGGCAGAGCUCUACAAAGAGUUUUUGGAAGAAAGCCUGGCCAGGUGUGGUUCCAUAACAAACCUCCUCACCUGCAGCUGGAUAAGGAACAGCCUGGACCAGAUAAGUGUUCAGAUCUCCCAGGAGCAGAACAUAGAAACCUCCAAAGCCAGAGGAGCCCUCUUGCAUUCGUUGGCUUUGUUCAGCUCCCACAACGCUCCCAACAGGAACAGCUCUGAGUUCAGCACCCCAAACCUCCAAAUCUCCAACCCAGUGGGUGCAAAAUGGAGCUGCAGGAUGGAAUUCACAUCCUGACGGAGCUGCUCAGCUCAGGAGAGGGAUGGGAUUCGGUUAUGAAUGUUUUGCUCUAAGGAUUGGGUUGGGAAAUGGAAACAUUUGCACACUACAGUUGUUCUAAUUAAUAUCUUAAGUCUUAAACCCCUUUGGUAGCAGGGGAAGUAAAGGUCACUGUUUUCUGUUUUCUAAUGGAGAAUUUGAAGUUAAUUUCUCUCAAAAAAAUGGUCAAUCAUGUUUUUAUAAUAUAUAUAGAAUCAUAGAACUGUUAAAGCAGGAGAUGACCACUAAGACCAUCAAGUCCAACCAUCAACCCAGCACCAGUAAAUCAUGUCCUCGAGUGCCACAUCCACACAUAAAAGCAUUAAUUUUCUGCAAAAUCAGCAGAGAUGAUUGCAGCAUUCCUGAAAAAAUAAUGCAAGAUUCCUGCAUCUUCAUUUGGAAAUUUAAACACAGAUUUUUGAAUGGAAAUUCUGUUGUUUAGCUCUCAAAUACAUUUUCUCCCCUUGCCUCUUGCUUCUCAGCAAAUAUUUCAGCUGGAAAUUAUUCAUUAUGUCAUUGCUGUAAAAUGAGAGAUGAAUUGGAGUGUUACCUGCUCUGCAGAAUUUUUUUUCUAAUAAAGCUUUUCAUUGGGUGUUUUUGC